UGCUAUAAAGUUUAUUAUAAUGACUAAUAAACAUGCUGCAUGGUACAGCAACAAUAGGUGGCGGUUGUGCGCUCUCAAUUUUGGAAAUCGCUGUGUAAAAACAACAACAAAGAAGGUCAGAUUGGAAUGGUCUGUUGCAGAUCCGCUUGUCACUUCUCAUAUAAAAUAACAAUAACCAUAAAAGUAGAUUUCUCCGAAGCGAAUGCUUAAUAGUAAACAUGCUGAAGAUUGGCUAUUAGGCUGUCGAUGCCUUAAAUAAUAAACCGUUUCUAAAUUAAAUCUGUUUAUUUGAUGUAGUGAAGCCUCCUUAUUUGACAUUAUUAAAAUAGCUUUUUUAUUUUUUUUAAAGCCUUAUUGGGAUCUUGUCGUUUGGAAAGGUAAAUUCAUUGGAGAAAAGCAGAUACCUUAUGAGUUGCACUUGAGUUUCAUAUCAUUUUAGGCCGGAUGGAAGUGAAAGAGGAAAGUGAAGAACUGAGUGCAGAUGAGAAAAGCAUGACGGAAGUCAAAGAAGAAACCGAAGAACUACAUGUGAAUGAGAAACCUCCUUAUCAAGAACUUUUAAGCUGGCCUAAAAUUGAAAACAGUUUAUCACUUAUAAAAACACAAGCCAAGAAACCUGUAAUCUGCCCCCAAUGUGGAAAGAGCUUCGCACAUAGAGGACACCUAAAUGCUCAUGUUCGUGUCCACACUGGAGAAAGACCAUUCACCUGCUCGUUCUGUGGGAAGAGCUUCAAACAAAAAGAGUACCUGAAAGAUCACAUGCUAAUUCACGGAAAGGCGAUCUCAUGUCCUCAGUGUGGGAAGAAAAUCAGUAAUGAAAAGAGUUUGAAAAAGCAUAAUCUCCUACACACGGGAGUGAGGCCAUUCGGCUGCGACCAGUGCGAAAAAACAUUUGUUUCAGCUUUCCAACUAAGAAGACAUCAGGCGGUUCACUUGACGGAAAAGCCCUUCUCGUGUUCCUCAUGCGGAAAGAGUUUUACUCGGAUGGAUUGUUUGAAAGAGCACCAGAAGUUACAUAAUGGUGUGAAGGAGCAUGUUUGCUCGGUGUGCGGCAGCUGCUUUACUAAAGUGUACUAUCUGCAACAGCACCAAAGGAUCCAUACUGGAGAAAAACCGUACAAGUGUACACAAUGUGGAAAGUGCUUCACUCACCGAGCAUCACUGGCUACACAUGAAAGAGUCCACACUGGAGAACGACCAUAUCACUGCACUUUAUGUGGAAAGAGCUUCAGCCAGUCUGGUGGUCAGCAGACUCACAUGAAGAAGCACUGCUCUGUGAUGAAGAAGUGCAUUACAUUGGUUACAGUACAAUAAAUCAAUAAAUGAGAAUAUUUAGGGUCAAAACAUUUUACUUUUUAAUCAAUUGAAGGCAAAAUUAUUAGCACUUUUUUU